AUGUCCGUAGGUUUUGGUUUCUCCGUCGGCGACUUCCUCGCAGCGCUCAAGUUGGUCGGCACCGUAAUUGACGCCCUUCGUGAAACCUCCCACGCCAGCUCCUCCUUCCGCUCACUACUCAACGAACUCUACGCACUCGAGUCGGUGCUCCUCCGCGUUAAGCGCCUCGAUCUCGAAGAUCGCCACAAUGUUGGAGAACUUGCACUACGACAGGCGGCGUCUCAAUGCCAGCGCACGAUUGAUGCAUUCUGGAAGGAUAUACAAAAGUAUCAGCCUCAUCUGCAACAAAACGGAACAAACUCGAGGAUAAAAGAUGGAUGGGCAAAAGUCAAAUGGGCUGUCUGCAAGAAGAAUGAUCUAGAGACGUUUCGGGCUCAGAUCAGAGGUCAUACAAGCAGUAUUGAGUUAUUGUUGAUGACAGUGCAAAUGGAAGCAGCGACGAUCGAUGCACUCAAGCAAGAUUCGCAUAACAAGCGCUUAGCCAGCAAUAUGCAGAACUUAUCAUGUCAAGUAAUGGGGAAGCUCACUGCGAUUGCUAGCAGUGUUGGGCAGUGUGUCCAGCAAGGAAAGGCACUACUUGAAUCCAGCGCCCAGAUAUUUCAGACCAAUCUACGUGUCUUUCAGAUGGUGCACGACAUUCAGCUAUCCAUUCUCAGGAUUCCAGCGCAAGUCCAGCGCCAAGAGCCGGUGUAUCUAAUUGACGCUUUUAAUAGGGAGAGACCAUUCCAUCUGGAGUUUGUGAGGUCUGCAGAGGCACUUCUUGCCGUGCUUAAGAUCGAUAUCAAACAAUCAGGCUGCGAUUCGAAUAUGAUCGAUCGAGGAGAAUAUGUGAUUGAAGAGUCAGGAACGCAAAACUUGAUUAGUCUUACGGAACCGUGGGAUAGUGGCUUCUUUCCUGGACAAAGGGUUGCAAUGAGCGUGAUUUUCAAGGGGCGAACAACCGCCAAGUCUUUGUGUCCGAGAUGUGGCAAUGACUGUGAAGGGUCAACCAGUCAGGAGAUCACAUGCGACAAAUGUGGUACCAUCUUCCGCCGUGUUGAGGAAAUUAUCAAUGAGAUACGAGACACGAGUCAACCAGAUUAUUCCGUUAACGAAUUAGACGCCGAAGAUUUGCCAGAACAGUCGAUCAAUGGACCAGCAAGGCCACAGAAGAAGAGGAAACGAGGAAAUGACGAUGCACUACCAAAAGUCCAAAAAUUUCGCCGGAUACAACUGCUA